AUGGGCAAAUCUGAUAAAACUGCAGCGCACGGCGCGGGCAGCGAGCUGCUCUAUCCGCUGCAAUUCAGUAUCAUUGCUCAGUCACACGAAGAGACCAACUACAUAAGACCAAGUGCUAAACGGAUUACACUUAUCCGAAUAGAAGCCCAUCAAUUCGUCGUCGCCGCACGUUCGAUCAUGUUGCAAUUCUUGCGUCGCGCAGCGGCAGCUUCAGCCACGCGGAGAGCCUUCGCGCAGGAUGUUCAGCCUUUCAAUGUGUCGCACAAGCGACGUGCAUUGAACACGCGCUUCAGCAGCUCUCAACCCAGUGCGGACAAGCCACUAGGCCUCAAGGACGGCGUCAAGACUGCUUCCGGUCUGUCACCCACUAUGCAGUUGCUAGCGGUGUAUGUGGCCGUAGGUAUGUCAGCCAUGGGUGUUGUAGCGCGCUUCAAAACUCGCGACGCCAAUGAAGACGAGAACGUUCGCAUCUUCAACAUGGCCAAACGCGCUGUAGUAAAAGACCACCGUGUGUUUGAGACUGUGGGUUAUCCGAAGGACUUUGAGCGCAUCCGAGAGCUCGACGCCGACGGCUCGCCAGUCGAGCAAAAGAGCAGCGAAGGAAGCUUCAAGGUCACAGGCGACAAAGGGAGUGUAGUGGUGCAUUAUCGACAAAAUUUGCAUUUGAACGACGAAAAAGACAGCGACAUCGUCACGUUCGACCAGCUGAGUGUGGACUGCGAGGACGGCACGCAGUUCUCAGCGUUGGAGUCGUUUCUACAGAACCAGGACGUCGUGACACACCAGAAGUCCGAGACACUAGGCAACAAGAUGUUUUUCCCCGUCAUCGGCGGUGUGUUGAUCGGUGGCGUGGCGUCUUUCUUCGCUAUCCGCAUCCUGCAUAACCGCCCGUUCUACGUCCACAAACUGGUGCUCGACCACGUCAACAACCACGACAGGGCGCGUCAGUUGCUCGGACACCCAAUUAAGAGCGACAGGUCCAAAUACGUCGGAGUGCUCACGAACGAGGCCGCGAACUACACCAUCGCAUGCAGUGGACCCAAGGGCAACGGCAACAUCAUCGUCAAGGCCUUCAAGAAGGGAAACCCGGACGAGAACUCGGACGAGAAGGAAUCGACUGGAGUCAUGACGACGCCCGGCACGUCGUGGAAGUUCUCGACGCUCGUGUUGUCUGUCAGUCGCAACGAAAAAACAAAGGCAAAGAACGCCAAGACCGUCAACCUAUUGAGCGGAGGCGACGUGCCGCCAUUGUCUUCGAAGCGAGCUUAA